AUGAGAUCGCUUGCGGUUUUUUCGUGGCUUUUCUUGAUCCCCGUUUACUCACUUUUCCUAAUUAGCAUUUGUGUCUUUGAAGUGUCUGGCCAAUGUCUCGACGAUCAGCAGUCCUUGUUGCUGCAAUUGAAGAACAACCUUACAAUAUCUGAUCCUGCUAGGUCCAACAAACUUGUUAAGUGGAAUCAAAGUGUUGAUUGCUGUUCUUGGGAAGGCGUAACCUGCCAUGAGGGACGUGUUAUUGGUCUCGACCUGGCCAAUGAGUCCAUCUGGGAUAGUGGACUAGACGAUUCAAGCAGUCUCUUCAGUCUUCAGCAUCUCCAGAGCCUGAGUUUGGCUGACAACGACUUCAACUCUUCUCAGAUUCCAUCACAGUUUGACAAGCUGGCGAAUUUGAGUUAUUUGAAUUUGUCAAAUGCUGGUUUUGCAGGGCAAAUUCCUAUUGCGAUUUCGCGUUUGACAAGGUUGGUUACUCUUGAUUUAUCUCUCCAAUAUUACCCAUACAGAAUUCUUUAUCCCCCAUUGACACUUGAGAAUCCAAAUUUAAAUAUGCUCGUUCAGAACCUUUCGGAGCUUAUGGAACUUUAUCUUGAUGGUAUAGCUAUAUCAGCGCAAGGUAAGGAGUGGUGUCGGGUUUUAUCAUCUUCGCUGCCAAAUCUGAGAGUGUUGAGCUUGUCAUACUGCAAUCUUUUAGGCCCUAUUGAUUACUCGUUACGUAAUCUUAAGUCCCUCUCAGUUAUUCGUUUGAAUGGUAACAACUUUUCUUCUCCAGUACCAAUUUUUUUUGCAGAUUUCAAAAAUCUGACAUCUUUGGAAGUCUCAUCUUCUAGGUUGAAUGGAAAAUUUCCAAAAAAGAUCCUCCAGGUUCCAACGUUACAAAUGAUUGACUUAUCAUACAAUAAUGACUUGCAAGGUUCUUUUCCAGAAUUUCUUCCAAAUGGAUCUCUUCAAACCAUGGUGCUUAAGAGAACAAAUUUUUCUGGGACAUUGCCACAUUCUAUUGGCAUUCUUAAAAUGUUGUCAACAAUAAAUCUUGGGAAUUGCAAUUUCAGUGGAUCAAUUCCAGACUCAUUGGCGAGCCUCACACAAUUGGUCUAUUUGGACAUGUCAUCUAACAUGUUUAGCGGAUCAAUUCCAGACUCAUUGGCGAGCCUCACACAAUUGGUCUAUUUGGACAUGUCAUCGAACAUGUUUAGUGGAUCAAUUCCAGUAUUUAGCAUGGCCAAGAAUCUGACCAACCUAGACCUUUCUUCCAAUAAUCUUACUGGUCAGAUUACUUCCACUCAGUGGCAAGAACUUUUGAAAUUGGAAUCUCUUUACUUGCAUGAAAAUUCAUUGAAUGGGAAUAUUCCAGGUUCUCUGUUUUCCCUUCCAUCAUUGCAAGUGUUAGCACUUCGGUCCAACCAAUUUUCUGGUCAACUCAAAGAAUUUUCCAAUGUUUCUUCUUACAUACUAAGAAGUGUUUAUUUGGAUAACAACCAGUUGGAAGGGCCAGUACCCAUGUCUAUCUUUGAACUUCGAGGUCUUGUACAACUAUCACUUGGUUCAAACAAAUUUAACAACUCUCUAGACCUUAGGGUGAUUCAGCUGUUAAAAAAUCUUUCAUUCCUUGAUCUUUCUCACAUCAACUUGUUGACUGAAUAUAAUGGUUUUAACCUUUCGUUAUCCUCGGUUCCCCUUUCUACAUUAAUUCUAGCUUCUUGCAAGUUGAAAAAAAUUCCUGAUUUUUUGAGAAACCAAUCCUAUUUAUCCUCUCUAGACCUUUCAAACAACCAAAUCUAUGGAGAGUUACCCAACUGGAUCUGGAAACUUCCUCAUCUUGAAAAACUAAAUCUUUCUUAUAACUACUUGAAGAUUCUUGAAGGACCUAUCUCCAAUGUCUUUAUUGGUGUUCUAGACUUUCGCUCCAACCAGUUCCAAGGCCAACUCCCAGAUCUCCCACUUGUCACUUACUUGGAUUUCUCCAUGAAUAAUUUUCGUUCUACUUUACCAGCUAGCAUCGGCCAAUCCCUUGAAUUUGCAGAUUUCUUUUCUAUUUCAAGUAAUAAAUUAUAUGGGAGUAUCCCUAGAUCAAUAUGCAAAGCUACAAAUCUUCAAUUUCUCGAUCUGUCUGAUAAUUACUUUAGCGGCACAAUUCCCCAAUGCUUGAUUGAGAUGAGUGGGGCUCUUCAGGUGUUGAGUCUAAGGAGAAACAAUCUCAAUGGUACAAUUCCUGAUACAUUUCCGAAGUCUUGUAAUUUACAAACUUUAGCUGUCAAUAAAAACCAUCUAGAGGGAAAGUUACCAAAGUCUCUGAAAAGUUGUUAUUUAUUGGAGGUCUUGGACAUUGGGAACAACCACAUCGAGGACACUUUCCCAUUUUACUUCACAGGAUUAUUCAAAUUGAAGGUUCUUAUUUUGCGAUCUAACAAAUUAUAUGGGCCCAUUGGUCAUCUAGAGCUUGAUGCCCCUUGGCCGAUGCUUCAAAUCAUGGAUGUAGCUUCAAACAAUUUUACAGGUCACCUUCCAAUAGUACUCCUUUCUACUUGGAUGGUGUUGACAGAUCGUGCACAUGAGGUGCACUCAGAGCUCAGUUACCUCAAAAUUGAUAUGGGUAUGGCAUAUUUUCAAGAUACAAUAACAAUUAUUAGCAAGGGUUUAGAGGUGGAGCUGGUAAAGAUCCUAACUAUCUUCACCACCAUUGACUUUUCUUGUAACAACUUUGAUGGUCCUAUACCUGAAGAAAUUGGAGAAUUCACAUUGUUAUAUAUUCUCAACUUGUCGCAUAAUGCUUUCACGGGCCAAAUCCCAGCAUCUCUGGGGAAAUUGAGUAAUCUUGAGUCACUAGAUCUUUCAAGCAAUAAGCUUUCUGGUAAUAUUCCUGUGCUACUUGCCGAUGGUCUUAUUUUCCUAGCAGUUCUCAACCUUUCGUUCAACCAAUUAGUGGGACAGAUUCCAUUCAUCAAGCAAUUUGCUACAUUUUCGGAAAAUUCCUUCAAAGGGAAUGAAAGAUUAUGUGGUUUGCCUUUGAAAUCACAAUGCUCACAUGAGGAGCCACGAUUGUCACCUCCAACGACGUAUGAAGAAUCUCAUAAGAGUAUGAUCGAGUGGAAUUACAUAAGUGCUGAAUUAGGAUUUGUUUUUGGUUUUGGAAUUGUAAUGGGACCCCUUAUGUUUUGGAAGAGAUGGAGAAUAUGGUAUUACAAACAUGUUGAUGACAUUCUUUUCAAGAUUUUUCCUAAACUGUAUGUUGGAAAUGAAUAUCGUAGAAGACCAGCACUCAACAAUAAGCAGCCGAGGCACUAG